AGGUCGCAGACGCGUACGGUGAAGCUCCGAGCAUUGUGAAACUGGAUUUAGGAGUGGGCAUUAUAAAGCUACGGUCGCAGACGCGUACGGUGAAGCUCCGAGCAUUGUUAAACUGGAUUUAGGAGUGGGCAUUAUAAAGCUAAGGUCGCAGACGCGUACGGUGAAGCUCCGAGCAUUGUUAAACUGGAUUUAGGAGUGGGCAUUAUAAAGCUAAGGUCCUUUCGCAUCCGUCAGCCGUCACCCUCUGCAUGUGCAAAGCUCAAUCGACCAUCCGCCUGCGAAGCAAUCGCAGAAAUGAAAUGGCCGACACCUAUGGGUCUGCCAAGAAGAAUGCUUCGAGACCAUCAGGUCAGCAGUCUCACCUUCCGCGGGUGUGAAACCCUAGCCCUUCAAAAACAAUUGUUCCUAAAUUUUCAGGCAGUAGAUAAGGUUUUGGAAUGACCUAUUUGUCGAGUGAUGGCACUGAAGUAGUACGUAAAGCAAGGGUUUGAAAUUAUUCAACCAAAUUGUUUUGACCUUAAAAGCUCUUGUGGAAGUUCACAAUCAUGGAAGCCAAGGCACAUUCAUUGCAAGAAUUCCAGUUUGACGUUUUUCUGGCAAGAGUCACUAGAAGUGUUGCAAAACUGACAAUGAUCUGGACCAUUUCUCUGCUUUAAAGUUGUAAGAUUUGGACUUUUAGUAACCCGAGAUUUGCCCAUCGUGAGAAGGCAAUCAACAGAACACUCUUGGAUGAAGAAAUGCAGGAUGCUUGAGAGAUGUUACAUGAUAAAUGCAGGAUAAACUAAUUCAAAAGAAGCCCAAUCGAAAAGGUCCAAAUGUGAGUAGUCUACUGGCCGGAUUCAGACCUUAUAAGUUCUUGUGGAAGUUCACAAUCAUGGAAGCCAAGGCACACAUUCAUUGCACGAAAUCCAGUUUGACGUUUCUUUGGCAAGAGUCACUAGAAGGGUUGCUAAACUGACAAUGAUCUGGACCAUUUCUCUGCUUUAAAGUUGUAAGAUUUGGACUUUUAGUAACCCGAGAUUUGCCCAUCAUGAGAAGGCAAUCAAGAGCACACUCUUGGAUGAAGAAAUGCAGGAUGCUUGAGAGAUGUUACAUGAUAAAUGCAGGAUAAACUAAUUCAAAAGAAGCCCAAUCUAAAAGGUCCAAUUGUGAGUUGUCUACUGGCUGGAUGAUUCGGAUUUGCCUAAUCUGAGUAUAGUUUCGUGAGAUAACCGAAGUCUCCAACACCAAAUAUUUUGCCAAGUCUUACCUAGCAGCAGAAUUCUUGGGAGUAGAGAAGAUUUCGGCAGGAGUUAUAUGGGGAGUGAUGGCACUAGAAGAAGUACGUUCCAAGCAUAGUUUAGAAAUUAUGCAACUAAAUUGUUCGGAUGAACAAAUGAAGGCCAAUACGAGAGAUCAAAAUAAGAAGUGUUCUACUGGAUGGAAUGCCAAUGAAGCCUGAAUCUUUUAAAUGAAAAGGAAAAGAAAAUGUUAAAUCUUGAGUUCGAAAUUGCAUUAGGAGAGGGAAGGCGUGUACCGAUGAAAUUGUUUUUGACGAAAAAAUGGAUACAAAAACCUAAAAAAAAAGGAAAGAACAAAAAAAGAAAACAGAAAAGCAAAAAAAAAGAAAAGAGAACAAAAAAGCAAAAAAAAAAAAAUAGAAAACCAAAAAAAAAGAAAACAAAUACAAAAAAAAGGUGAAAUAAAAAAAACAAAAACUUAUGUCCCAGUGCUGUUGCUUUGUUCAUGAGGUGUGAAAGCCUAUCCAUGCGAAAACAAUUGUGCACAUUCAUUGCAAGAAUUCCAGUUUGACGUUUUUUUGGCAAGAGUCACUAAAGGGUUGCAAAACUGACAAUGAUCUGGACCAUUUCUCUGCUUUAAAGUUGUAAGAUUUGGACUUUUAGUAACCCGAGAUUUGCCCAUCGUGAGAAGGCAAUCAAGGGCACACUCUGGGAUGAAGAAACGCAAGAUGCCUUAGAGUUGUUACAUGAUAAAUGCAGGAUAAACUAAUUCAAAAGUAGCCCAAUCGAAAAGGUCCAAAUGUGUGUAGUCUACAGGCUGGAUGAUUCGGAUUUGCCUAAUCUGAGUAUAGUUUCGUGAGAAACCGAAGUCUCAUCACCAAAUGUUUCGCCAAGUCUUACCUAGCAGCAGAAUUCUUGGUAAGCACAUAUUGGUGCCAGUGAUAGCUUGAACCUGCUGAUGGGUACCCCUUGAUGGGACACAGUCUUGCUAGAAAUCUGAGGUUCAAGUUCCUAGAGGAGUAGAGAAGAUUUCGGCAGGAGUUAUAUGGGGAGUGAUGGCACUAGAAGAAGUACGUUCCAAGCAUAGUUUAGAAAUUAUGCAACUAAAUUGUUCGGAUGAACAAAUGAAGGCCAAUACGAGAGAUCAAAAUAAGAAGUGUUCUACUGGAUGGAAUGCCAAUGAAGCCUGAAUCUUUUAAAUGAAAAGGAAAUGUUAAAUCUUGAGUUUGAAAUUGCAUUAGGAGAGGGAAUGCGUGUACCGAUGAAAUUGUUUUUGACGAAAAAAUGGAUACAGAAACCUAAAACAAAAAGAAAAGAACAAAAAAAAAGAAAACAGAAAAGCAAAAAAAAAGAAUAGAGAACAAAAAAGCAAAAAAAAAAAAAUAGAAAACCAAAAAAAAGAAAACAAAUACAAAAAAAAGGUGAAAUAAAAAAAAACAAAAACUUAUGUCCCAGGUUGCUUUGUUCAUUACGUGUGAAAGCCUAUCCAUGCGAACACAAUUGUGCACAUUCAUUGCAAGAAUUCCAGUUUGACGUUUUUUGGCAAGAGUCACUAAAGGGUUGCAAAACUGACAAUGAUCUGGACCAUUUCUCUGCUUUAAAGUUGUAAGAUUUGGGCUUUUAGUAACCCGAGAUUUGCCCAUCGUGAGAAGGUAAUCAAGAGCACACUCUGGGAUGAAGAAACGCAAGAUGCUUGAGAGUUGCUACAUGAUAAAUGCAGGAUAAACUAAUUCAAAAGUAGCCCAAUCGAAAAGGUCCAAAUGUGUGUAGUCUACUGGCUGGAUGAUUCGGAUUUGCCUAAUCUGAGUAUAGUUUCGUGAGAAACCGAAGUCUGAUCACCAAAUGUUUCGCCAAGUCUUACCUAGCAGCAGAAUUCUUGGUAAGCACAUAUUGGUGCCAGUGAUAGCUUGAACCUGCUGAUGGUACCCCUUGAUGGGACACAGUCUUGCUAGAAAUCUGAGGUUCAAGUUUCUAGAGCAGUAGAGAAGAUUUCGGUAGGAGUUAUAUGGGGAGUGAUGGCACUGGAAGAAGUACGUUCCAAGCAUAGUUUAGAAAUUAUGCAACUAAAUUGUUCGGAUGAACAAAUGAAGGCCGAUACGAGAGAUCAAAAUAAGAAGUGUUCUACUGGAUGGAAUGCCAAUGAAGCCUGAAUCUUUUAAAUUAAAAGGAAAAGGAAAUGUUAAAUCUUGAGUUCGAAAUUGCCAUGAGGAGAGGGAAGUUUUCAGGCAGUACAGAAUGUUCUGGAAUGAGCUAUUUGUAGAGUGAUGACACUGAAGUAGUACGUUAAGCAAGGCUUUGAAAUUAUUCAACUAAAUUGUUUUGACCUUAAAAGUUCUUGCGAAUGUUCACAAUCAUGGAAGCCAAGGCACAUUCAUUGCUAGAAUUCCAGUUUGACGUUUUUUUUGGCAAGAGUCACUAAAAGGGUUGCAAAACUGACAAUGAUCUGGACCAUUUUUCUGCCUUAAAGUUGUAAGAUUUGGACUUUUAGUAACCCGAGAUUUGCCCAUCGUGAGAAGGCAAUCAAGAGCACACUCUGGGAUGAUGAAACGCAGGAUGCUUGAGAGAUGUUACAUGAUAAAUGCAGGAUAACAGGAUAAACUAAUUCAAAAGAAGCCCAAUCGAAAAGGUCCAAAUGUGAGUAGCCUACUGGCUGGAUGAUUCAGAUUUGCCUAAUCUGAGUAUAGUUUCGUGAGAUAACCGAAGUCUCCAACACCAAAUGUUUCGCCAAGUCUUACCUGCUGAUGGUACCCCUUGAUGAGCUAUUUGUAGAGUAAUGGCACUGAAGUAGUACGGACCUUAAAAGUUCUUGCGGAAGUUCACAAUCAUGGAAGCCAAGGCACAUUCAUUGCAAAAAUUCCAGUUUGACGUUUUUUUGGCAAGAGUGACUAGAAGGGUUGCAAAACUGACAAUGAUCUGGACCAUUUUUCUGCUUUAAAGUUGUAAGAUUUGGACUUUUAGUAACCCGAGAUUUGCCCAUCGUGAGAAGGCAAUCAAGAGCACACUCUUGGAUGAAGAAAUGCAGGAUGCUUGAGAGAUGUUACAUGACAAAUACCGGUGGUAGCUUGGAUCAAGAGCAGAAUUCUUAGUAAGCGCAUAUUGGUGCCGGUGAUAGCUUGAACCUGCUGAUGGUACCCCUUGAUGGGACACAGUCUUGCUAGAAAUCUGAGGUUCAAGUUCCUAGAGCAGUAGAGAAGAUUUUGGUAGGAGUUAUAUGGGGAGUGAUGGCACUAGAAGAAGUACGUUCCAAGCAUAGUUUAGAAAUUAUGCAACUAAAUUGUUCGGAUGAACAAAUGAAGGCCAAUACGAGAGAUCAAAAUAAGAAAUGUUCUACUGGAUGGAAUGCCAAAGAAGCUUGAAUCUUUUAAAUGAAAAGGAAAAGGAAAUGUUAAAUCUUGAGUUCGAAAUUGUCAUCAGGAGAGGGAAAGGCGUGUACCGAUGAAAUUGUUUUUGAUGAAAAUAUGGAUGCAAAAACCUAAAAAAAGAAAAGAUAAAAAAAAAUAGAAAACAAAAAAGCAAAAAGAAAAAAAAACAAAAAAAGAAAACAAAUACAAAAACAAACGGCGAAAAAAACAAACAAAACAAAAACACAUGUCCCAGUGCUGUUGCUUUGUUCAUGAGGUGUGAAAGCCUAGCCCUGCGAAAACAAUUGUUCCUAAAUUUUCAGGCAGUAUAGAAGGUUUUGGAAUGAGCUAUUUGUAGAGUGAUGGCACUGAAAUAAUACGUUAAGCAAGGCUUUGAAAUUAUUCAACUAAAUUGUUUUGACCUUAAAAGUUCUUUUGGAAGAUCACAAUCAAGGAAGCCUAGGCACAUUCAUUGCAAGAAUUCCAGUUUGACGUUUUUUUUGGCAAGACUCACUAGAAUGUUUGCAAAACUGACAAUGAUCUGGACCAUUUCUCUGCUUUAAAGGGGCAUUGCAGUUGUAAGAUUUGGACUUUUAGUAACCCGAGAUUUGUCCAUCGUGAGAAGGCAAUCAAGAGCACACUCUUGGAUGAAGAAAUGCAGGAUGCUUGAGAGAUGUUACAUGACAAAUGCAGGAUAAACUAAUUCAAAAGAAGCCCAAUCGAAAAGGUCUAAAUGUGAAUAGUCUACUGGCUGGAUGAUUCGGAUUUGCCUAAUCUGAGUAUAGUUUCGUGAGAUAACCGAAGUCUCCAACACCAAAUGUUUCGCCAAGUCUUACCUAGCAGCAUCAUUCUUGGUAAGCACAUAUUGGUGCCAGUGAUAGCUUGAACCUGCUGAUGGUACCCCUUGAUGGAACACAUUCUUGAUAGAAAUCUGAGGUUCAAGUUCCUAGAGCAGUAGAGAAGAUUUCGGCAGGACGUAUAUGGGAAGUGCACUAGAAGAAGACCUUAAAAGUUCUUGCGGAAGUUCACAAACAUGGAAGCUAAGGCACAUUCUUUGCAACAUUUCAAGUUUGACUUUUUUUGGCAGGACUCACUAGAAGGGUUGCAAAACUAACAAUGAUCUGGACUAUUUCUCUGCUUUAAAGUUGUUAAGCUUUGGACUUUUAGUAACCCGAGAUUUGCCCAUCCUGAGAAGGCAAUCAAGAGCACACUCUUGGAUGAGGAAAAGCUGGAUGCUUGAGAGAUGUUACAUGAUAAAUGCAGGUCGCAGGCGCGUACGACGAAGCUCUGAGCAUUGUGAAACUGGAUUUGGGAGUGGGCAUUAUAAAGCUAAGGUCGCAGACGCGUACGAUGAAGCUCUGAGCAUUGUGAAACUGGAUUUAAGAGUGGGCAUUAUAAAGCUAAUGUUACACACCGAAGCGCAACAUCAAGAUUCGAGCACAUUGAAGUUGGAGGUCGCAGACCCGUACGGUGAGGCUCUGAGCAUUGUGAAACUGGAUUUAGGAGUGGGCAUUAUAAAGCUAAGGUCGCAGACGCGUACUGUGAAAGCUCCGAGCAUUGUGAAACUGGAUUUAGGAGUGGGCAUUAUAAAGCUAAGAUGCAUAUGGCGGAGGUUGGAGCUCUAUGAAGUAAGAGUGGGUGUCAUCGGGCUUAGGUCAUACACAGUAGCACAACAUCAAGAUUCGAGCACAUUGAAGUUGGAGGUAGGCGUGGGUGAUUCAGACUGAGUCGCAGACGUGUACGGUGAAGCUCCGAGCAUUGUGAAACUGGAUUUAGGAGUGCGCAUUAUAAAGCUAAGGUGAGUGUUUGACUUUUCAUGUUUUAUUUUCACAGCAUAAGUUUGAUUACUUGCAGUGUGUUUAAACUCAUCUCGGAUUGGCUUAGUUUGGUUUUUAUUUUUCAAACACCGAUCAUACUUCGUUUCUUGCAAAUAAUGAGUUUAUUUUCCAGUUAAGCUCUAUUAUGUCUACGUUUUUGAAAUUUUACAUUUAAAAGCAAUGAAGAAAGAAUAUUAAUAUAAAACUAAUUUCUUAACUCGUUGUUUUGGUUGGGCAGAUGUAUUUUUUUUGGAAAGGCCAUCAAACCCUAAUAUAAAUGGUAUUUUGGUUGAAUUUAUUGGGUUAAGAGCCUAGAGAUUUCUUCUUAACUACUGAAACAACUAUUUACUAGUCUCUGAGAAAUUUUACAUUUAAAAGCAAUGAAGAAAGAAUAUUAAUAUAAAACUUUGAUUAUUGUUUCUUUGCUCACUUGAGCAUGCUGCUUCCUCAUGCUCAUAAUGUUCACUCACUCGUUCACUCACUCACUUACGCUCAACUUUGUCCCUUGGGUAGGCUUAAUUGGGUUUACCAAGCCAUUGGGACAUGUUCUCUCAUUACUUUCUUGAUUUUCUCUCUGUACUCACCCUCAACUGGAGCACUCGGUAUGCUUUGUCAUUGUUAGUCACCGAGGAGGAUAACAUUGAACACUCCCCCUAAAGUGUUGCAUCCGUUGAGAGAUUCCUUGCUUUGUCGGUGUAAGGCGCUAGGAGGAGAAAACUGAAACUCCCCCUCAGAAUGUGAAAGGAUUGAUUGCUCACAGCUCAUCAUACCCUCCAUGUGUGUGGAGCAAUCUGAACAAGUACCACACAUGACGGUUUCCCUAAGCUCUUAAUUUGGAAUUUCAGCACGUUUGAGGAUCACACAAUAUUGAUGAGUUAGGGGAGGCUUCAACAGUUGAUUGUUGAUUGUUGUAGAAUGACCGUUGACGUGAGGUUGAUUGAAUUAUCUACGAUUUUCGGACCUCUACAGUGCAGUUUAGCCCUUAGGUUUGACUUUGGAAGAAUUUGAACAGAUUUGCCUAAGUUUUGACCUUGACAUCUGUGAUAUACAAAGUUUGUCGGAAAACUAAAGUUUUCCCAGAAAGUGGGUUCUGGGUAAAACUAACGUUUUAGCUUUCAAUAAAUGUAGAUCAUUUCGUUAGCUUUCCAACAAAAAAAGAUUCGCUUGAAUCGGAUCACCAAGUCAAAAGUAUGGCCAAAACAAUGCGGUGUCGCAGAAAAUCUCGAAAAUUUUGAGUUUUUGAGGAAUUUUUCGAAGUUAAGAUUUUCGAUGUUGAAUAUCGAGAACAGGUGGGAUUAAGAAAAAUCUAAGGCAAUACCUCGAAAACCUAAUCUCGAGUUUAAACUUCGAGAUUACAAUCUCGAGGUUUAAAUCUCGAGAUUACAAUCUCGAGUUUGCCUCGAAGAAUAACGAUGAAAUCCACCUGCAAAACAAACCUCAGAAUAACGAAAUCUUCAGAAUUUCAAAAUGUUUGGAACAUCGAAAACUUUGGAGUUUCAAAAACCUUAUAAUAUCGAAAACUUGUUGUUUGAAAAACAUCAGAACAUCGAAAACUUCUAAAAACUUUGAUAAGCAGGGAAUUAUUCAGAAAUCCUAUAAUGUGAAGCUUCGAUGAACUGCCAAGAAUGUCAAGAUUCGAAAAAUUAUGAGUUUCAAGAAACUGCAAACUUUGAAAGAUUCAAAACAUCGAGAAAAUUCCAAAAAUCUCGAAAUCUUUCAGAAUGUCGAAAUCCUAAACAUCGAGUUCUCCAAACUCAAAAUUCCAAACAACAACAACAACAACAUCCAAGCCUUAGUCCCAAAAGAUAUUGGUGUCGGCUAACAUGAAUCGAUACAUGAUAUCACAACCAAAAGGAAAAGAAGGAAUAAAGAUAAAAAGAUAAACUAUUAUGAAAAGAUCAUAUAAAAAAGAUGAAUAUAUAUAGAAAUGAUAAAAUAAAAAGGCUGCAAAUAAUGCAUAUAUAUAUAAGGAUAAAAAAACUAGGAAAAAAAGAUGAGGGAAAAAGAUUAUCAAGAUCACUCCUUCACGUGAAUACCCGCCGUCCACUUAGUUCUCUCCAAAGUCAUGCCCUCAUCCAACCCCAGAAGAAGCAUAUCGCUUCGAACUCCCCUAACCCACGUCUGUUUGGGUCUUCCUCUCCCUCUCUUCCCUGCCUCUUCUCCACACAUCUCAACUCGCCUAACAGGUGCAUCACUCGGUCUUCUACGCACAUGACCAAACCACCGUAGGCGCGACUCCCGCAUCUUGUCUUCAAUAGGUACUACUCCCACCCUUUGUCUGAUUGUCUCAUUCCUCACGCGGUCCUUCCUAGUAUGCCCACAUAUCCAACGCAGCAUGCGCAUCUCUGCCACACUCAUCUUUUGAAUGUGAUAUUGUUUCACCGCCCAACACUCUACGCCAUACAGUAAUGCAGGCCUAAUUGCUGUCCUAUAAAAUUUACCCUUCAGUCUAGUCGGCAUACCUCGGUCGCAGACUCGCAUAGAAAUCCUGACGCACUCUUCCACUUCAUCCACCCUGUUCUGAUUCUAUGGGAUACAUCUCCAUCUAACUCACCGUCCUUCUGAAUUAUGGAGCCCAAGUAACGGAACAUAUCGCUGACUGGUAUCUCCUUACCAUCCAGAGUAAUUCCGCUACUAUCACUACUUCUACCUCCACCAAACUUGCACUCCAUGUACUCUGUCAUGAUCCGACUUAGUUUGAAACCCUUAUUCUCCAAUGUUUGUCGCCAUACUUCCAACUUUGCUUUAAGACCUGAUUGCGUCUCAUCAAUCAAUACAAUAUCGUCGGCAAACAUCAUGCACCACGGUAUAUCGUCUUGAAUUGACUUCGUAAGUUCAUCCAUGACUAUGGCAAAUAAGAAAGGACUCAAGGCCAAUCCUUGGUGCACUCCGAUAGUAAUAGGGAACUCUUCAGUCCUCCCUACACUAGUACGAACACUUGUAGUACAAUCCUCAUACAUAUCCAUGAUGAUGCUGAUAUACUUGUGUGAUAUGCCUUUCCUAGUUAAGGCCCACCAAAGAACUUCUCGAGGUACCCUAUCAUAUGCCUUUUCUAAGUCAAUGAACACCAAAUGCAGAUCCUUAUGAGCAUCUCUAUACAUAAGUUGACGAAGAAGGUGAAUAACCUCAGUUGUUGAGCGACCAGGCAUAAAACCGAAUUGAUUCUCUGAAAUCUUCACAGUCCUUCGAAGUCUUUGCUCAAUCACUCGCUCCCAAAGUUUCAUGGUGUGACUCAUAAGCUUAAUCCCUUGAUAGUUGGCACAUUCUUGUACAUCACCUUUAUUCUUAAAUAAAGGGAUAAGCGUACUCUUCCUCCAACUCGUUGGCAUCUUGUUGUUUCUCCAAAUCAUGUUGAAGAAACUUGUUAACCACUCGACGCCUCGAUCGGUAUGCCAUCUGACCCCAUUGCUCUUUUCCGUCCCAUCUUCCUCAGAGCUUCUUUAACUUCCGUUGUUUGGAUCCUUCUCACAAAAUCACGGUUAACCAUACAAUCUGGUAUGGACAAAUCGCCGAUAUCUUGCGUUUUGUUCCCGUUGAAUAGUGUAUCAAAGUAUGACCUCCACCUCUCUUUUAUCUCUCCGUCGUCCAUUAAUAUCCUCUGAUCAACAUCCUUCACACACUUAACUUUUGCAAUAUCUUGAGUUCUGCGAUCACGAAGACGAGCAAGUCUAUAAAUAUCUAGUUCUCCUUCCUUGGAGUCCAACUUUUCAUACAACUCCUUGUUCACUUUCCCUCGUGCUUCCCUUACGGCUUUCUUUUGCUUGUCUUUUAGCCUCCCUGUAUGCUUCUAUGUUCUCAUCACUCCAAUUUGUCCCCAACUUUUUGUAGCAAUCUAUUUUGUUCCUUAUGGCUUGUUUCACCUCAUCAUUCCACCAAGAUGUGUCCUUUUUAGGUGGCCGACAUCCUUUAGAUUCUCCAAGUACCUCCUUUGCCACUUUGUUAAUGGUCAACUCCAUGGAUAACCACACAUCAUCCACCUGUGUUUCAUUAUCAAUACGCCAUACAUCUUCACCGACCAUUUUGUGUGUAAAGCUUUGUUGAAGAUCUCCCUCUAGCCUCCACCACUUUAUCUUUGGCUCCACUUGUUGUUUAACUUGUCUUCUAUGGUUCUUACCUCGAAAGUCAAGCACAAGCAACCUAUGCUGAGUGACAACACUCUCACCUGGAAUAACCUUACAAUCAGUGUAGCUAGUUCUCCCAGUGGUCCGUACUAAGAAGUAGUCAAUUUGGGUACUAUUAGCUCCACUUUUAUAGGUUACAAGGUGAGAGUCUCUUUUCUUAAACCAAGUGUUCAUUAUAGCCAACUCAUACGUCAAGGCAAAAUCCAAAAUGUUCUCUCGCCUCAUUCCUAAUGCCAAAACCAUGUCCGCCAUGAAUAUAUUCUCAAAGUCAUCACGACUCGAGCCCACAUGCCCGUUGAGGUCACCUCCUAUGAUCAACUUCUCUCCCCUUGGCACUUGUCGCACCACGUCUUCAAGAUCUUCCCAGAACUGUUGAGUUGUAGAUGCAUCCAAUCCCACUUGUGGUGCAUAGGCACUUACCACAAACACAAUCUCACCUCUUAUCACCAAUUUAAUGCUCAUGAUGCGAUCGUUCUUCCUGAAGACUUCUACCACAUCCUCAACAUAGUCACGCGCCACAAUAAUGUCUACCCCAUUUCUAGUCUUAUCUCUCCCCGAAUACCACAACUUAAAACCUCCGGGAUUAAUCUCGUGUGCUUUCUGUCCAACCCAUUUAGUUUCUUGCACACACAUAAUGCUGAUAUUCCUUCUGCUCAUAACCUCGACUACCUCGGAAGAUUUCCCUGUAAGAGACCCAACAUUCCAUGUCCCAAAACGCAAUCUAGCAUUCCACCUUCUGUUCUUAGCCCCAUCUCGGACCCCACCAUGCCCUUGCAUAUUUGACAUCAUCCCCGGGCAAUGGGAUGACGCGCCGCUUCUGGGCGGCGACCUAGCAACCUUAGCAUUCUUAUCACCACACCCAGGUCUAUCAAGUGUAGCGCGCCCUUGCAUAUUUGACACCACCCCCAGGCGGAGGGAUGACGCGUCACUUACGGGUGAAGACCUAGCAUUAGCGAUUUUCAUAUUUCGAUUCAUGUCAUGUGAUGUGACUAGGUGAUACUGUUGGCCGUCACACGCCUAUCACAGCACCCUC